AUGCAUGUUUUAACCAAACAUGACAAUAGUCUAUUUCUUACAUUUCCUUCAUUAACUAAUUAUUUGGAAUUCAUGUUAACAAGAUCAACCAAGAUACUCAAGUGCGUGGACAGCGUGGCGGAAGGAUUAACCGAGACACUCAAGCGUGUGGACGGCGUGGCAAGAGUCGCUGAUUUCGUGGUUUCUCUUCAAGGUGAUAGAAUUUGGCCACAAAACGCUUUCGAUCAACAAGUUAUUCGGAUGAAGUUCCAGUCACAGACACAAGACGCACGAGCAAGUCUGAUUAAAUUACCAAGUGAGAGUACCAAGAUACCUCCCAAUCAGUCCUUCCUACUGACAUCUUCAUCUUUGUAUGAACUUGUCGUGAUGUCUUCCAAUCAAUCCAACCUCUACAGCGACCCGCCAAUUGAUUCAUUGAGUUCUGCUAGAUGGUUUCGUAUGAUUCAUGACACUGAUGUCAUUGGUAUUCUCUCAAAAAAAGAGAUGCUCGUUAUCCAAUCUCUUGUCCGCAGGCAUGCUCGCGUCUUGAUGUGUCGUGAAACGAGCACUUCAGCCAUCCCACCUUCUCUAUCGCAAGCCGAGCUACGUGGCUUUAUAGAACGCUUUCCAGCCGGAACCCCCCUUCCUCAUGGAACGUCUGUGGCUUUGAUCGAUGUUACGGACUUCUUCAAAACGGGUGUUCAUAUGAACGACAUAGGCUUCGUCGAGACUGAAGAAGACUUGAAGAGAUGGGGUCUUCGACGCUUUUCUUUCGACUGGGAUGCCAACAUAGAAGACCGUGUCAACGCCUCACUUUGCGAACUAUUCUGGAUCUCUUUCUACCGUGCAAUCCAAUCCGAGUAUUAUAGAUUCACUAUCAACCCACAUGUCCUCAGCCGCGCAUACGUCUUGCCUGUGUUGUCCGCCCACUUCAGACACCUCCGUUCAAUGUAUCAUACUCAAUGCAACAACCAAGAUGUGAUCAAUUAUCAUUUCAAGAUAGAAGAAAAACAAAAGGAAUGGAAAGAUUACUCGGACUAUUUGAUCAAGUCGGGUGCUCCUGAAGGGAUAGUUUCGAUCUUCCAGCCCAGAAACUUCUGGGUGAUGGGCGAUAGAACCAAUGUCAGAGUCACGGUUGGUAACCGUGUAGUCGAAGAGGUGCACGUGAUCAUACCUCGAUGGUGGUCAGAAGAAACACUUCGCUUGAUGGAAGUUAUCGAAAAACACCUACAAUCUCGCGCGAAUUCCCAAAAUCACUUUCCUGGAUCUGGUCGUACUCCUCGUCGAUAUGUUGUAACCUCCUUGAUGGACUAUGGAAUCAUCCCUCGACACCUUCCAGCCGACAUGUAUAGCAAAGACCUCAAGGAAUCUCUCCCACCGAGUGAACUUUGGGACCUUAAAAUGAAGCCCAACGUACUGCCAUCGAUCAAUCGAAUGGAACGCAUUUUCGCCGCUCAUGAGCUCAACUUUUUCAAUCCAAAUUAUGAUUUAGCUCAAGAUGAAUAUUACACAAGUGACGAUGAUCUUUCUGCCGAUGAACUCGAAGAAAGCGAUAAUGAAGGUGCUCUAGUGAUAUCUCGCCCCGAUACGGAACUUAAACAACUUGAACGUUCUCUUCAAUUGCAAAUUUCGAAGUUACAAGAUGAAUUCAAGAAUGCCAAUGCGGUUCUAUCGGGUUUCCAAGGUGAAGUACUCAACUUGAUGCCGGCGCGCUUGGCGGAAUUGGAAGAGGCAAGGGUAGACAUUGGAAAGAUAAAUGAAAAGCUUAGAUUUUACGAAAAAAAAUUGGAAUCGGUGCCAAAGCAAUCGAUUUCAAGCGCAACUAACCAGGAUUCUUAA